UGUUUGACUGACCGGAUGGAGCGGAGCGGAGCGCAGCGCGCGGCGCAAGCAUUCAAACCGAACGGGGUGCGGCGCGCGGGCGCGAGGGGGCUGGCGCUUAGCCCCGGCCGGGCGGCGAGCAUGUUCGCCGGCAUGGACGUCGUGACCGUGCCGGAUUCGCCGAACUUUCCCUCUCGGUUGGCCUCCGUUCCCGGCAGCGGCGGCGGGCCUCGAGAACAACGGCCGCAGGAAAGAGAUUCAAUACUGACUGGAGUCACCUCCUGCAAAAGAAAGCUGUCAAAGAGGCCAGGGUAUAUGUGGAAGAAUGUUGAACAAAGGUUAAGCCAUCCCACACCUGCUGGUAUUCAUUUGGAUUCACAACAUACUGGAAAAGAAGCAAAGAGUUGUACAGGCUUGUCUUUUGACAGUAAUAAACAGGAGAAGCACAGAUUAAACAAUAAACACACAAGGGAAAACAAAAAUGUCGAUAAUCAGAAUGCAGUUUCAGAUCGGUUGUCUGCCAGAAGUCCUGUGGUUGCAGAUAUAAUUGGGUCAGAAAGUGUUCGGCACAUUCUUGGUCCUAACUGUCAGUAUAGUAUUGACAGUCAAGAGUGCUCCUUUUAUACUGGAAUUAAUACUUAUUCCAAGCAUUUGUUGACAGGCAAUCUGCAGAAGAAAGAUGCUUGCCUUAAACAAUAUAAAAAGGAAAGGAGUAUUGAUGUAAGCAAGUUGCAAGCUGUUACUAGUCCAAAUAAACAAGUAGACAGUGAACAUUUGCAAAGACAGCAGCUUUGGGACAUUGAUAAAGAAAUGGAUUCAGCUAGCACUUUUAUUUCCAGCUUUAAUUUCAUACAGAUGUCGUCAAAUUGUAACAGCACUAUUAUUGACAGUAAAGAUGAAUUACAGCAGAAUGACUUUGUUUUACCGCUUCACAAUGCUGAACUAGCAAUGCGAUGCCACGAUACAAAUACAUUCGCAACAAAUCAAUUCUGCUCCAAAUCUUUAUGGAAGGACUUUGACACCAAUUCUUUGCAUGCAUGUCAAAGUGUUGGCAUUAAAUGUGGUACUGAUGUAAAUUCAGAGAACAGUCCUCAGGAUUAUGACUUGCUGUCACUAGAUACAGAUAAUUGUGCGUGUUCAGCUGAUACUUCUGAUGGCUCUUCUGCUGGUUCAUCCGUAACAUCAGGGUAUGAGAGCAGCAUCACUGUACUUGACCAGAAAUGUCAUUCUUUAAUGAGGAAAUAUGAACCAAUUCUUCAAGAUUGCCUCCAUGAAAACAAAAUGAAGUUGAAGCUUCAGACCUUGAUCUUAAAGCUACAGAAACUUCAGAAGAAUGCUGUACAGAAUGAUGAUUAUGAGAAAGCUGACAAGUUCAACAGAAAGUUAGCAGAAUUGAAGAAAGAGCAAAGUACUUUAAAAUUCCAGCUGCCUUCCCACCAUCCUUGUAUUAUGAUGUUGCUGCAAAAUUGUGAACUUCAUCUGCAAGUUGCUGAGCACCAGCAUAAUUGUUUUUUAAAUAAGAAUGGAGGAAGUUUCUUUCUGAAAAGUAGUGAACAUGGAUAUUCAGACUUAAACCCAGAUAAACUACCUAUUUUGUGGUCAAGGAGAAAUCAGCUUAUUCAAGAUAGACAAAAGUUACAGAAAGAAAUUGCUGAAAUUAAGGAACGACUUGCAUUGUUGGAAGCCAGGGACUAUCAGCUGAGCAUAGAAAUAGAAGAAGGAAACAGACUACUAGGAUCACAUGAUUGUGAACUUACUUCUUUACCAACCACAUCAGCAAGUGAAUUACAUGAUCUGCAUAAAACACUAGAGGAUAUUCUACCAUUAAGAAAUAAAGUCCUCCUCAAUGAAGAGCUUCCUGAGCAUAUAAAAAGGCUUCAGAGAAAAGAACAGUUGCUAAGUCUGGCUAUAAAGACAGUGGCUGCAAAGGUCUACAGCAGCCAAAAGUUGUGCAGUAACUUCAGCAAAAAACUGAGUGAUAUUGAAAAACAACUUCCAACUCUCUUGGAAGCCAAAGUGCUAGCUAUAUCUGGCAAUGAAUUUUCAACUGCAAAGGAUUGUGCUGAGGAGAUCAAAUGUUUGUCAUCUGAUAAAGGUAGACUUGAAGAAAUUAUCACCAACUUGCAGUGUUUAAUCAUUAGAAAUGGCCAGCAGCUGGAGGCGAUCAAGGAUGAUUACAACAAAUUGAAAACUGAACUGGAACAGGAAGAAAGGCUCUUUGAGAAUGACCAGAGAGAAAACAUUAUUAAAUAUAUGGAAGUCUUGGAGGACAAACUUCAUAGUUGUAGAACCCAUUUAUUUGAGAAAGUGUGGGAAGCAGACUUAGAGACCUGUCAGCUCUUUAUCAGCGGUUUGCACCUGAAAGAGUCCAGUUAUGGUGCAUGUGAGGGAGAAGAGUACAAAGCAGGAGAAAACGAUGAAGUCAUUGAAGAUUCAUGUUCAGAUAUUAAAGAUACAGGAGAUUAUUUCUUUCCAAGUAAACAAGAUUGGCGUACAAUACAGUUCUUUGUUCCAGAACAAAAAGAAACUGAUUCAAGUGAGGUAUCAGUGAAAUGUUUUCUCAGCAUCAAAGGUUCGCAGUCAAAGGUUGCCUGUAAGGGUUCUGCAUUGAAAAUAGAGGAACAAUGUGAAAAUAUUAGUGACAAGCUGGUACAUUUGGAAGAGCAGCUGCAAGUGGCAAUAAAUAAUCAGGAUGACAGUCUUACUCAGUAUCUGCAAAGAGAAACCCAGAUGGUAAAAGAAGCACUGCAGGCGAUGUUGAAACAGCUUUUGUCUUUGGAAGAGGAUACAACAGAAGACUUUGUAGUUAACAUCUGGUGACUAAAGAAGGAAUUGCUGGAAGGCAAAUUCACCUGAUGUUGACUUGUAACAUUCCACUUUUGUUAUCUGUAAUAUUUUAGAGUUAGUUCUAAUAAUUGCUGUAUAAAAAUGACAAUCAUUAAUAAGCACUUGAUUUAGAUCCAGGUUCUAAAUUUAAUCUGGUAAUAUUAGCUUACAUUAGUAUUUGCUUUUAAUGUCAGAAUUAAUGUGAAUCUUACUUUUGUUUCAUAUAAAAUACUAGAAACAAAAGUAGGUGCAACUUCACAUGUUUAGUAAAAAGGAAGUUUCAUAUAUUUCAUACCUAGAAGAUAGCACUUCUAUAAUUCAAAUCCUCAAUAUUUUCUCCACUACGUUAUUUGAACAUUUCUGAUUUUAUUCAUUGUUCAUAAGGAAGAUGACCAGUGGUGCAUUUUCUACUAAGAAUAUCUGAGAAUUCUACUAGGAAUUCUUUGUUACAUGGCUGUCUGUGGGGAAGACGAAUCUCAGGGCUGUAUACUGCAUACAUACUUUGAUAAUAAAUGUAUGUUAGAACUUGAAACAGUGCACUCAGUUUAGCAUAAAUCAUUUGGUCAAAUCAACUUCCUUAUUCACAAACCAAAUGCAAAAUUUGUUUUUUUAACUUUCAGUAAGACCAGAUGUGAUUCUUUAAGAAUCAGUGGAGCCAACUCCCUAGUUUGCAGUAGGAAGUGGCCAUUGAGGCAAAAGAAAAUACCAUUAGAGGCCCAGUGUAUUUAGAAACAUAGAAAACCUACAGCACAAUACAGGCCCUUCGGCCCACAAUGCUAUGCUGAACAUGUACUUACUUUAGAAAUUACCUAGGGUUACCCAUAGUCCUAUACUUUUCUAAGCUCAACGUACCUAUCCAGGAGCCUCUUAAACGACUCUAUUGCAUCUGCUUCCACCACAGUCGCCGGCAGCCCAUUCCACUCACUCACUACUCUUUGCGUUAAAAAAAAUCUUACCCCUGACAUCUUCUCUGUACCUACUUCCAGCACCUUACAACUGUGCCCUCUUGUGCUAGCCAUUUCAGCCCUUUGGAAAAAGCCUCUGACUAUCCACACUAUCAAUGCCUCAUCAUCUUGUACAUCUCUAUCAGGUCACCUGUCAUCCUCCUUCACUCCAAGGAGAAAAGGCCAAGUUCACUCAACCUAUUCUCAUAAGGCAUGCUCCCCAAUCCAGGCAACAUCCUUGUAAAUCUCCUCUGCAUCCUUCCUGUAGUUUCCACAUCUUUCCUGUAGUGAGUUGACCAGAACUGAGUUUAGUAUUUCAUAAUGCAGUUCCCAGCAUCUUGGUCUUUUUCUCUGUUUUGCUAUAGAAUACAAUUUAAAUGGAAUAAUUCCUAAGUGGAGUAUUUCCUAAAGUUCCUUAGAUGGUGUUCAUCUGUCAGGGAGACUAGCAAAUCAAAGUUUGUUCUUAAUAACUGCCUGAAGAAAAAUCUUAGGGAGUUAUUGAUUAGUUUGUUACCUGGAUCACAAUGCUUCAAUUCUGAAGUACAUAUUUAAUUGCCUCAAAUUGUACUUCAACCAAUUAUUUUAUAGGAUAGACUUAAUCUUAUUCUGGUUUUGAAGCAAUUUAAGUAUUUUCACUUAAAGCAAAUAGUGAUACCUCCAUCACCCUGGAUACUGAGGACCAUGUCUAGAUUACUGCUUGGUGCCAGAGAUUAGUAUUUCCCAUCAAAAUGGGGUGAUAUUCAAUAAAACCAAAGUUCAUUGUUAAAGUAAGUCACUGAUAUAAACCGCUUCUCUUGGAUCUAACAGUGACACCAGAAUUCCCGUAAUAACAGUAUGCUUCCAUAAAUGAAUGUUUCAUUUGAGUCACCAGGCACCAUAAUCAAACAUUCAUUGCAUUUUGGAUGGUGUGUUCCCUAGUUUGAUUACAUUCAGAACUUGAAUAAUGCUUUGCAUUAAAUAUUUUUAAAUUUGCCUUUUUCUGAAUUGUCUUGGACCUUUUCCAAGAAAGUAACAAUACCCAAUUUCCCCAAUUAUCAAGCAGAAAUGUUGACAUGAGAGCCUAUGGAACUCAACAGAAAACGCAGAAGUAGCUGGUAGCUGACAUUUGUGAACAAUAUAGUAAAGAGCUCUAAGGGACUUCAUUGAUAUCGCCUAACAUUGCUAUGGCACAAUAUAAAAGUAGAUAAUUUUUGUGAAUGUAUAUGGUCUAAAGGUAAGGCCAGUGAAGAUUUAAUGGAAAAUUAAGCUGGUAAUUUUAAAAAUGUAAUGCAAUUUCCAUGUAAUUUCAGGUUACACCGUGGUCUCACACUGAAUAUAGGGUAUCAUCAUUCACUCAUCUUCAAACUGUAUGUAAUUUGUUGUAAUGAGCUUUAGAAUGGAGUUCCUUUUGGAAGUAGGAUCAAGGGAGUGUUGGUUACAGCUGAUUCAAUUAAUUAAAUUUAAAAGAAAGUAAAGGUCCAUGAAGAUUUGAUAUUUCAUCUGUAAAAUAUACAAUAUAGAAUAAGUGAAUGGUGUGAACAGAAUAAACAUUUCAUUCACUGAAAGUGAAAUCUUUGAUAUAAAUCUCUUGAUAAUCACUGAAUCUUUUCAGGCACUUAAGAUGUACAGAAUAAUAAAAUUUCUAGGUCCUUUCCCUUUUAAAGAGAUGGAAAAUGAUUUGGAUUUUUUUUACACUGUUCAGCAAUGGGCAGAAUGCACUUUACUGGCAUUAUGCUUCCAGAAUAUGAACUUCAGUAAUAUCUCAGAUAUAUUUACGUUACAACUGAAAUCUCAUCUUAGACACCAUUGAAACAAUGGCCAGAUAAUUUGUUUUAAUAAUGAUUAUUAGGGAAGGAUAGGUGAAGAUACUAGGAAUAUUGCAGAUAGUGCUGGAAAAGAAUUUGUGAGGAUGAUAUUUAUAACAGUACACACUUCUAUUUUGUAUAGUUUUUACAUUCUUUCACUUUCAGUAUGCAAGACCGCUAUUCAAUAUGCCAAGGAAGCAGGCUGGAAGACUAGCACGCCUUCAGGGUUCCAGGAUUUCGUGGCUCUGGAGGCAGGCGAACUUGAGGUCGGUGCCUCCACAGGAAAUUGGUGUGUUGUGGGA